GAACGCUCCUGAAGGCCGAUUCAAUGUCUGCGGUGAAUUGUGAAUGUUCUGGUCCCCGCUGGAAGUGGUCGGUGUUGUGAAGCCAUGAGACGCAGUAAGGCUGAGGUGGACCGCUACGUGGCCUCGGUCCUGAGCUCCUCUCCCUCCCUCAAAGAGAAGCCCAUUAAAGGAUUUUUAUUUGCCAAGUUGUACUCGGAAGCAAAGGAAUAUGAACUCGCUAAAAGGCACGUAUCAGAAUUUCUCAAAGUCCAGGAGAGGGAUCCCAAAGCACACAAAUUCCUUGGUGAACUCUACGAGAAAGAAGGCGACAUCAUCAAGGCCGUAGGAUGCUACAAGCGCUCGGUGCACUUGAACCCCACCCAGAAGGACCUGGUGCUGAAGGUGGCUGAGCUACUGGUCAGUAAGGAGGGAUCUGAUGGCGGAGCAGAGCUCUGGGUGGAGAAAGCUGCCAAGCUUAUGCCUAGAAGCCCUGCAGUCUUUAACCUGAAGGAGCGUCUCUUGAGUCGGCGUGGCCAGCAGGGUUGGAACCAGCUGUUUGAUCUCCUUCAGGACGAGCUGGCAGCGCGGCCGGCUGAUGCCAAUGUCAACGUGAAGUUGGUUCAGCUCUACUGUCAGGACAGCCGGCUGGAUGAAGCUGUUAAACAUUGUCUGGCUGUUGAGAAAAAGGGCAUUUUGCGUCAGAGUUUGGACUGGUACACCGUAGUGGUGAACACUCUGCAGGAGUAUCUUGCUCAGCCCAGUGUCUCCAGCAAUGAGAAGACGUGUCGGCGCCUGCAGAGAGAACUGCUAUUGGCUCACUGCAGCCUGCUGAGAGUCACCCUGCCUGAGAGCAGCUUGCAGCUCGGCCUCGAUGCGUUCAAAGAUUUUGACCAAGCAAUGCAGACGCUGAGCGGUGUAGCGGACCGCCACGCAGACGAUCUGAGCGAGGCGUUUGUGGAAAUGAAGGGUCACCUUUACCUCCAUGCCGCCACGUUGCUGUUGAAAUUGGCUCAGGAUCGCCAACAGACGUGGAGGGCCAUCAUCGACUUAGCCGCUCUGUGCUACCUGCUAGCAUAUCAGGUCCCCAGACCAAAAGUAAAGACGACCAAAAGAGACCAGUCUGCCCCACAACCUCUGGAGCUGCUCGCCAACGACCGACAGAGUCAGGCUGGACACAUGCUGUUCAACCUGAGCGCUGAUCCAUCCACUUUAAUCAGAGAGGUGGUAGAGGCAUUUGCGAACCGGAGCGGUCAAGACUCCCUGUUCGAGCUCCUGUGGGGUCGCCAGGCGUCUCCUGGAUCAUCAUUUAUUGCUAAUGAUGACAUUCGCUCUGUUAGCUCGGCGGCUCCAGAGAUCUGUCACCUGGCCAAGUGGGACAACGGCUCUAUCCUGCUCCACAACGGCGAGCUGCAGCACCUUUGCUGGUUGGGUCUGCAGUGGACCCUGUUGGCCCAAAGUCCUGCUGUCCGAGACUGGCUGCAGCAGCUCUUCCCCCGGCUCACGCUCGAGACCUCCAAACUCGAUACGAACGCCGUAGAAUCCAUCUGCCUGCUGGACCUUGAGGUGUUUCUGUAUGGUGUGGUGUUCUGCUGCCACUGCCAGCUCCAGGAGACUGCAAAGCUGAGCGGUGGUGCGAACCAGCAGCAGCUUUAUGAACCUCGUUGCCUCCCUUUGCCUCUCAUGAGGCUUUUGACCACCGAAAGACAGAGGGAGUGGUGGGAUGCCCUUUACAGCCUCAUCCACAAUCGAGCAGCUACUGGCAUGUCGGCCAAGCUGCGGAUGAUCGUGCAGCAUGGGUUGAGCACUCUGAGGGCCGGAGAGAAACACGGGCUUCAACCAGCACUGGCCAUCCACUGGGCUCAGAGUCUCAGCCAGACGGGUGAUGGAGUCAACUCCUACUACGACCAGAAGGAGUAUGCUGGCCGCAGUGUCCACUACUGGAAAGUGGUUAUCCCGUUAUUGGAGAAAAUCAAAAACAGACGAAGUAUCCCCGAACCCCUUGAUCCCCUCUUUCUACACUUUCCCUCCAAGGACAUUCAGAUUUCGGCAGUGAAAGGUUUUGAGGAAGAAUCCAAAAUAGCACACGCAGUUCUCCUGAACAUAGAGGGGAGAACAGAAGAGGCUAUUGCUGCACUGGAAGCCAUCAAUAACAUGUCCUCGGUCUGGCAUCUCGCACAGAUAUAUCAACGGCUUUCAGAGGAGGCCAGCAACGGUGUUGAAGAGACUCAAGACAGGUGCAUCACGUUUCUGAAGAAGUUUAGGACCUACCUGUCUAAGAUCUACAGUGCUAAUGCUGAUGACAUUGAAAAGCUGCCCGUGUCCAUGGAGGAGGUGGUUGAUCUCCUGAAUGAUGUAAAUCAGCAGCUGGGGGAGAAUGGGGAAAUUAUGGAUGAAGAGGACGAGAAGGAGGAGGAUGGAAGAGAACCAACUCACUCCAGUCCUGCUCAUCUCACGGAAAAUGCUGCAGCCAUAUCCCACAUAAAGUUUUCUACUUCCUCUCCUAACAAAAGCAUCAUCUCUCCUUCCAAGAGGCUGAUUUCUCCCAAGACACCGCCUCUCUGGGUGGAACAGAAAAAUCUCCUCCAGAUGUUAUGCCAGCGCGUCGAAGCUCUUACGAAUGAAGUUCAUGACCUGAGACAGAACUCAUCGGUGGCUGCAGGUUCUCCUCAUAAGAUGUAUGGGGAGACCUACGGAGCUGAGGGCCUCCAGGAAUCCUUCAACCCUGUCCAGUCUUACCACGGGGCUCCAUUAACAGUUGCUACCACAGGGCCCUCGGUGUAUUACAACCAGUCUCCAGCUUAUAACUCUCAGUAUCUCUUGCGACCAGCUGCAAAUGUAACUCCGACCAAGGGCCCAAUGUAUGGUGUGAACCGCAUGCCGCCUCAGCAGCACGUGUAUUCCUACCAGCAGCCUACUCACACACCUCCAUUACAAACGGCUCCAACCUGCAUCUACCCUCCUCAAGAGCAAGUCUUUGGUACCCCUCUUCGGUUUGAAUCGCCAGCAACAAGCCUUCUUUCCCCCUAUGGCGAGGAAUAUUAUGGUCAGAGUGUCACCCAGCAAACCACUAACCCUCCCUUGCCGGAGCCUGGUUACUUUACCAAGCCGUCUGUAGUCCCUGCUCCGACACCAAAGAGCAUCGAAGGGAAGCCUGCAGACUUUGGGAAGCUUUCCUUUAGCCAACAAGCUCCUGCUGAAGUCCCAAGAGUGCCCAGCUUUGGUGCAGGUCAAGUUACUCAGUCCACGCCGUCAGCUGCUUUCAAAUUCAACUCUAACUUUAAAUCAAACGAUGGAGAUUUUACUUUCUCGUCUUCCCAAGCCAAGCACAGUGAAAGUCUGCUUGGUCUUCUCACGUCUGACAUUCCUGCCAAAACCGAUGUUCCAGAGAAGCCUCCAGCUCAGGAACAGCCUUCCAGCCAAGCAGGCCUCUUCACCUUCGGCAAUAAAAAUGCGACAGGCUUCCCAUUUCUUCAUUCUACUCCAAGUACUGCCAGUGGUGGUCUGUUUGGGAAGGUAGAGCAGCCUUUCAAAUUUGGGGAUACUGCUACCCCAGUGUUUGGAGUAACUCCGUCUGCAGCAGAGCAGGAAAAAGCAGCGGAGAGCGACAAUGAUAGCACUCAUGUUGAAGAGGAUGAAGAUGGCCCUCACUUUGAACCAAUUGUACCUCUUCCCGAUAAAGUAGAUGUGAAAACAGGCGAGGAAGAGGAGGAGGAAAUGUUUUGCAACAGGGCGAAACUUUAUCGAUUUGACACAGAAACUAAAGAAUGGAAGGAGCGAGGCAUUGGCAAUGUUAAGAUCCUGAAGCACAGCACGAAAGGCAAGGUCCGGCUCUUAAUGAGAAGGGAACAGGUCCUGAAGAUCUGUGCAAACCACUACAUCACCGCAGAUAUGCUGCUCAAACCAAAUGCUGGCUCUGACAAGUCAUGGGUGUGGAAUGCAAUUGAUUAUGCCGAUGAGGAACCGAAGACAGAACAGCUUGCCAUUCGCUUCAAAACCGUGGAUGAGGCAUCACUUUUCAAAGCCAAGUUUGAGGAAGCUCAGAAAGUUGUGUGCAAAUCACCUGAAGACCCCUCACCGCAUCAGGAGAGGGAAGUGGACACUUUGAAAGAUUCGGAAUCAUUGGCAGCUCAGUUUGCACUCAAAGAGGGGGAGUGGGAAUGCAGUGUCUGCUGUGUAAGAAAUAAACCCACAGAUAUGAAGUGCGUCGCUUGUCAGACACCCAACCCCACAUCUUCAUCAAAACCAGAUCUUCAGGCUCCUGGUGAAACGAAGGCCAGUCCAUUCACCUUCAAGUUUGGUACUGAUUCAUCAAAACCAAGCAGUUCUGGUUCCACCUUUUCUGGAUUUGGAGCCUUCGGAGCUUCGGUUCCCUCUUCAUUUACGUUUGGCGUCAGUUCCUCAAAACCUACUGAUACUGAAAGCAGUGGCCUGGGUGGCUUUGGAGCUCAGUUUGGCAAGGUGUCAAACCAGUGGGGCAGUGAUAAAAGUUCUACAGAAAAUGAGGCCUCUGCAAACAGUUGUGUUCCUAAUGAGGCACCUAAAAUCUCAGAUAGUCCUGCAGCCACAGCACAAUCUGCACCAGCUACAGAUCCACCUGUAUCACAGCCAAGUAUGUCUGUGGAUUCUGGAUUUGGUGCUUUGUUUGCCAAGAAGCCCGGGCAAUGGGACUGUGAUGUGUGUGAAGUAAGAAAUGAGGCAUCAGCUAAUAACUGCGUCUCCUGUCAAAGUCCAAACCCUUCUGUUAAAUCAAAAGAGGCUCCAUUGGCAUCAAAUGUGCCAGCAGUGUCUGGACUGGAGGCUGGCAUUGCAAAGAAAGAUGGGCAGUGGGACUGUAAAGUCUGUCUCGUCAGAAAUGAUGCUUCAGCUGCUGAAUGCAUGGCCUGCCAAGCACCGAAUGAGAACCCCUCUCUCGAAGCCAUGUUUGGCAAAAAAGAUGGAGAAUGGGAUUGUGACGCUUGUUUGGUGAGGAAUAGUGCAUCUGCAGACAAAUGUGCAGCGUGUCAGACCCCAAAUCCCAAUGCUAAAAGUACAAGUACCGCUGCUCCUAAAGCUUCUUCUUUCAGCUUCUCCUUUGGAACGAAGAGUUCAGCCAACCAGCCAGCAGCCACCGGAUUUACAAUGCCUUUUGGAAGUAGCAACACUUUCCAGUUUGGUCAAAACAAAGAAAAAGAUUCUGCUUCAUCUUUCAAGUUUGAGGCUCCACAGACGGCGGUUAGUACCUCUAGUUCUUCGGGAUUCUCUUUCACGAUGCCCAUGCCAGCUGGUGGCUUCAAGUUUGGCAUUCAGGAGCCUGAAAAGGAAUCUCAGACAGCUGACAUCCAAACCCCAUCAGGUCCUGCCUCCAGUUUUCUUAAAAGUAUAGCUGAAAAACACAAGGAGAAGGAAAAUGUGCCUGUAUCAUCAAUAAGUGAAUCGGAACAAGAUCAAAAUCCAUUGUUUUCUGGAAAAGCUAAUACGUUCAGCUUUGCAGACUUGGCAAAAUCCUCAGGAGAAUUUCAGUUUGGUCAGAAAGAUCCUGAUUUCAAAGGUUUCUCGGGAACAGGCGAGCAGGUCUUCUCAUCAUUCCAGGCAACCCCAACCAAGACUGAUGCUCCAAAUGAGCUGGAGGAUGAUGAGAUGUAUAAAACUGAAGAAAAUGAUGAUAUCCAGUUUGAACCAGUGGUUCAAAUGCCCGAUAAGGUGGAUCUGGUAACGGGGGAAGAGGAUGAACAGGUUCUUUAUUCCCAGCGUGUCAAACUCUUCAGGUUUGAUGCUGGCACCAGUCAGUGGAAGGAACGUGGUGUGGGAGUCCUCAAAUUCCUAAAAAACACCACUAAUGGCCGAUUAAGGGUGCUGAUGAGAAGAGAGCAAGUUCUGAAGGUGUGUGCCAACCACUGGAUCACCACCACCAUGAACCUCAAGCCACUCGCAGGCUCAGACAAGGCAUGGAUUUGGAUGGCCAAUGACUUCUCAGAUGGGGAUGCUAAUCUUGAACAGUUGGCUGCCAAGUUUAAAAGUCCUGAGCUUGCUGCGGAGUUUAAGCAGAAGUUUGAAGAAUGUCAAAGGCUGCUCUUGGAUAUUCCUCUUCAAACCCCUCACAAGCUGGUUGACACAGGCCGAACAGCUCACCUUAUCAAGAAAGCAGAGGAAAUGAAGUCAGGUUUGAAAGAUUUGAAAUCAUUUUUGACAGAUGAGAAAACAAAGAUCAAGGACGAUGAUUCCCAGGGAGACGUUACGACAGCCACUGACGUUUCAAGCCGCGUCAUCAAACCUCACGGUGAAACGACCGGCCCCACGCUGGAGUGGGAUAACUACGACCUCAGAGAAGAAGCUUUAGAUGAUACUGCUGACUCGUCGGUCUACGCCUCACCCAUUGCCAGCAGCUCACUGAGAAAGAACCUUUUCCGCUUCGGAGAAUCCACCGGUGGGUUCAGUUUCAGCUUCCAGCCUGGGAUCAGUCCCUCAAAGUCACCUGCGAAGCUCAACCAGAGCAGAGCCUCAGUGGGGACUGAUGACGAGCAGGAUGUGACCCAGGAUGAAGAUAGAGAUGGACAGUAUUUUGAGCCAGUCGUACCUCUGCCUGAUUUGGUGGAGAUUUCUACAGGAGAGGAAAAUGAACUGGUGGUCUUCAGUUACAGAGCCAAGCUGUAUCGUUACGAUAAGGAACCGGGCCAGUGGAAGGAGAGGGGUAUUGGAGAUCUCAAGAUACUGCAGAAUUAUAACACCAAGCGAGUGAGGCUGCUCAUGAGACGAGACCAGGUGCUGAAGAUCUGUGCCAACCACUGGAUCACAGCAGCCAUGAAGCUGGAACCAAUGAAGGGCGCAGAGAAGGCCUGGGUCUGGAGUGCUAUGGACUUUGCUGAAGAAGGGGAGGGUAAAAUUGAACAGCUGGCCGUGAGAUUUAAGCUGCAGGACACUGCAAACACGUUCAAGCAGGUCUUUGAAGAGGCCAAGAUUGCCCAAGAUAAAAAAGAGCUUAUGACUCCAGUCACAUCAAGAGUUGCUGCACCACACGACAGUGGAACUACUGAAUCUGCAGAGGUCUCUACGAUUGUGUGCGGGAAAGCCGCCAUCGCGGUCCUGGAGGAGACAACAAAGGAAAGAACAGAACCAGCUCCUGACCUGUCUGCUGCUGGGUCUACCAGUCCAGUCAACCCCACAAAGACUGUAGUGUCCCCCCCUAAGUUUGUAUUUGGCACCGACAGCCUUCAGAAGAUUUUUGGCUCUCCUAAAUCCUACUCUGAAAAUGAGAAGUCAUCGACUUCGAUAGCCAGAGAAUCUGGACAUCCAGCCAAGGCUUCACUUGCAGCGUCUCCUGCUUUCAAAAUCCCAGAGAAAGGACUGGAUUUUAGGCUUUUCAAAGAUAACCCAAUGGCUUUUUGGACCAGCACAUCCACCACCCAAUUUGAAACCCCAGGGCCCCCUCAGGCAGAAACAGGUAGUGCGGGAUCGAGUGAGGACUCCGACGUGGAAAUUGUGUAUGUCAAGGAGCCCACAGCUGAGCAAGCAGCGCUAGCCAGGAGGCUUCUGCUGCCUCACACAUUCUUCUGCUACCAGAAUGAACCAGGCUACACCAGUGACGAUCAGACCGAUGAUGAAGACUACGAGUCAGCAGUGAAGGCCUUGAAAGGAAAGCUGUACCCCGACCCUUCAGAGGACAAGGCUGCAGCUUGUGCUGAUGAGUCGGACUGCCAAGUGGUGUGGGAGAAGAAGCCAACGCCAGAGGAGGAGGAGAGGGCCAGAAGCCUCCAGCUGCCACCCACCUUCUUCUGUGGCAUGGGCACCACAGACAGCGACACCGACCACGACAAACCAGAAGACUUUGAGACAGAAGUCCGUAAAGCACAGGAAGAGCAGGUUGCUCAAUUCAAUCCAUCCGGCGCCGCUGAUGAAACGGCGUCUGCUGAUGAAACGCCGUCCGGCCCGUCAUCUGGCGCCGCUGAUGAAACGCCGUCCGGCCCGUCAUCUGGCGCCGCUGAUGAAACGCCGUCCGGCCCGUCGUCCGGCGCUGCAGAGGCUUCAGGCAGAACAUCAGGUCUGGAUGUGCAGACCUCAGAUCAGCCAGUGGAGACUCAGAAUGCAGCUCCGAGUGAAACUCGCAGCAGCAGCUCCCCCAUUGACCUGUCGACUAAGAAGAGCCCAGAACCAGAGGCCAUCAUCACGACUGAUGCCAGCGCCUCGUCUACUGCAACAGCCAGUCAAGAAUCCUCCUCUUUUGGAUUCAACUCGUUCGGAGGCUUGUCUUUUGCCCAACUGGCCAAAACCACAGAUGGAUUUGCCUUUGGGGGAAAAGACUCUAAUUUCUCAUGGGCGAACGCCGGCGCGUCAGUGUUUGGGUCUGCAGUGUCCUCUGCACCAAAAAAUGACGGGGAUGGAAGUGAUGAAGAUGAGGCUCCAAAUAAUGUGGAUAUUCACUUUGAGCCAAUAGUGUCACUACCUGAGGUGGAGACCAAGUCUGGAGAGGAGGACGAGGAGAUCUUGUUUAAAGAGCGUGCCAAGCUCUAUCGGUGGGACCGCGACCUCGGCCAGUGGAAGGAGCGCGGCAUCGGCGACAUCAAAAUCCUCUUCCACCCCAACAAACACUUCUACCGAAUCCUGAUGAGGAGAGAGCAAGUGCUGAGGGUGUGUGCUAAUCACACCAUCUCGCCGGCAAUGGAGCUGAAGCCCAUGAACGCCUCGGCCAACGCUCUGCUGUGGACCGCCACCGACUAUUCAGAUGGCGAAGGCGUGGUGGAACAGCUGGCGGCCAAGUUCAAAACCCCGGAGAUCGCAGAGUCCUUCAAGAAAACCUUCUGCGAGUGUCAGAGCCGAAUGAGCCAGAGCGGCGAUGACCCCUCGUUCGCCCUCUCGCCGCAGAUGUCCAGAGUCCAGGAGCACUCCAGAGACACCAACCCCCAGGUGUUUCUCAGAGUGGCGGCCGACAACCAGCAACUGGGCACCAUCACUAUCGAGCUCUUCUCCCACAUUGUACCCAAGACGGCAGAGAACUUCAGGGCUCUGUGUACCGGAGAGAAGGGCUUCGGGCUGCGGAACUCCAUCUUCCACAGGGUCAUACCAGACUUCAUGUGUCAGGGUGGAGACAUCACCAAGGGCAACGGCACAGGAGGCAAGUCCAUCUACGGCAGCAAGUUUGAGGAUGAAAACUUCGACGUGCGGCACACGGGCCCCGGCAUCCUGUCGAUGGCCAAUCAGGGGCGUGACACCAACAACUCGCAGUUCUUCAUCACCCUGAAGAAAGCCGAACACCUGGACUUCAAGCACGUGGCUUUCGGCUGGGUCCGGGAUGGCAUGGAUGUGGUGCAACAGAUGGGAGAGCUGGGCACGAAGGGCGGCGUUCCCACAAAGACACUGACCAUCACAGACUGCGGACAGCUAUAGCCCCGCAGAUACCGGCCUCAUAGCUCACAGCUUGGUGUAGGUUCACUUCAGCUCGGAUCCGGAGAAGCGGCUGAAUCCAAAUCCUCAGUCACUGGGCACAUCGCAGUCGGCCACAGGAAUGCGUCACUCCGCCGUUCUUUCAUGUCGUCACAAACGAGGAGCAAGGUGUCGUGGAGCAACUGUUGUGCACUUUUGUAUUUGCGUCUUAUCAUGUCCAUACAUUUUCACCUAUGUUGUGUGUAUAACUGUACAUUGACUACUUUUUUUAAUGUGUUUCUGUUCAGUUUGUGUUGCAUGUGCUUGAUUUGAUUGCUGGUCUUCAUGAGCCCCCACCACAACCACCACCCGCCCUUUUUUUUUUUUUUUUGAAGUGAGCGGAACCAUAAUUCAAGUCCAGGUUGUGGUUUGGUUGCACCUGCUGGUUUGGAACUGCCCCAGCCUCUCCAGAAAUGCUGCCUCUGUGUACGUUUCAUCGCAGGGCGCCCUCUGGUGGUUUUUCCAUGAUGCAUUUUGACUUCACAGAGCAAAUAUUUGGACUUCAAACUUUCCAGGAAGCAGUCACACUACAUAGAUGAGUAUGCUGAAUUUCACAAGAGUGACCCCAUCCUGUGUAUAGUUUGAGAUUGUCUCUGGAAAACUGUGGGAAUAAUCUGCCGAUUAAUGAGAAAUAAAGUUGCUUUACAAGU